CGGGUCACCAGGCAUCAGGUCAUUUGGCUCGACCGCGGGCACCGCGUCAUCUGGCAAGGCAGUGGGCUCCGAGUCAACUGGUAUGACCGCGGGCACUGGGUCAGACAUUGGAUCGUCUGACUGGACAGCGGGCAUCGGGUCACCAGGCAUCAAGUCAUUUGGCUCGACAGCGAGCACCGCGUCAUCUGGCAAGGCAGUGGGCUCCGAGUCAACUGGCAUGACCGCGGGCACCGGGGCAGACAUUGAAUCGUCUGGCUGGACAGCGGGCAUCGGGUCACCAGGCAUCAGGUCAUUUGGCUCGACAGCGGGCACCGCGUCAUCUGGCAAGGCAGUGGUCUCCGAGUCAACAGGCACGACAGUGGGCACCGGGUCAUCAGGUACCGGAUUGUCUGGCUCGACAGCGGGCAUCGGGUCAUCAGGCAUCAGGUCAUUUGGCUUGCCAGCGGGCACCGCGUCAUCUGGCAAGGCAGUGGGCACCGAGUCA